AUGGCAAGCAAAUUUACUUUGAAGUGGAAUUCUCACCAUGCUGAGACUUUCAGAAACUUUGACCUGUUACGGAACAGGGAGAUGUUUGUGGAUAUCACACUCUCUUGCAGUGGGCAAACAAUGAAAGCUCAUAAAUUGGUAUUGUGCUCUGGUAGUUCUCUUUUUGAAAAACUACUACAGAGGGACAAUAGUGCCUGUCCCAUCAUCCACUUCCAUGGCAUGGAUAUGCUGCAUCUCAAACUACUGGUGGAUUUCAUGUAUUUGGGUGAAGUGGAUGUACCUUCUUGUGAUCUAGAGGCAUUCUUCACUCUUGCUGAUAGCCUUGAAGUGAAAGGCAUAAAGGGAGAUCAGUUCCCCGAAUCUGAUGCAUCUUCUUUGUGUGAAAGGCCUGAAAUGCAAUCAAUAUUUGAUAAACCUAAGAUGAAUGGCCAAGGUCCCAUUGAACAAUCAAGAGUAGCAUCAGGUCAACCAAGCACGUCUGGUUUGACUUGGAAACGAAGGCUUCCAUCUGCAGCAGUCAGUAGUGCAGGGUUGCAAGAUCUUAUAUCUCCUGCUUCUGCCUGUCCAAUACCAGAGAAGAGGUCAAAGCCUGCCUUGAUUGUUCCAGAUGACCUCUGUCAGGUGUCAGACAGGAUUCAACCAGAAGACUUGCUGAAGGCUGAAGAUGAGGAAAUCGAAGAAGUGGAACAGGUGGAAGUAAGUCUUCCUGCAGCAGCAUUGGAUGGUGGUGAGUCCUAUUAUGUUGGGGGCGAAAGUAUUGAAGCUACUGAAGGUGACAGCACUAACAGUUCUCAGAUGGUGGAAGGGGAGGAGUUUGAUACAAGUGAACUCCCUCCUGACAUUCCUCCUGAAGUAGCACCAGAGACUGUGACCAGGGGGAGAAAUGGAAUUUGGUCUGGGAAGUCUGCUCGAAGGCAGUGCAGGGUAUACUUCUGCACUGACUGUACCUAUUCAUCAUCACGCAGCUCCAAUAUCAUAAAACACUCUCGUAUUCAUACCGGUGAAAGGCCAUUUGCAUGUCAUAUUUGUUGUCGAAGUUUUACAAAGAAAGAGUCUUUGAAAAAUCACAUGAAAUACAGUCAAUUUCAAUGUUUUGAAAGUGCUUACAUCAAAAUGGCAAACAAGUACAAUUUGAAGUGGAACUCUCAUCAUUCUGAGAUAUUCAACAACUUUGAUAUAUUACGGAGCAGGGGAAUAUUUGUGGAUGUCACUCUGUCUUGUGGUGGGCAGAUGAUAAAGGCUCACAAAUUGGUCUUGUGUUGUGGGAGCACCCUUUUUAAAAACUUGUUGCAGAAGGACAACAGCACCUGUCCCAUCAUCCAUUUCCAUGGCAUAGACAUGAUGCACCUGAGACUUCUGGUGGAUUUCAUGUAUAUGGGCGAAGUGGAUGUACCCUCAACCGAACUGGAGCAAUUCAUUGCUCUUGCUGACAAUCUGGGAGUUAAAGGUUUGAAAGCAGAUGAAUCCCAUCGGUCUGAUGUCCCCCCGUCUUUGGAGAGAUCAGAAACACAAUCAACAGUUGGAAGACAGCAGAAUACCCACCAUGCCUUUGAACAAUCCUUAGGAGCUUCAGUUCAACCAAGCACAUCAAGAUCAAGCUCUGCUACUCGAACAAAGAGGAGAAUUCCUCUAGUAAUGGAUAGUAGCUCAAGAUCACAAGAUGUUGGACCAUCACAUUCUCCAUUGCCAGUACCUGUGAAAAAGCCAAAGCCUGAGUUGAUUGUACCUGAUGUCCCAAGUCAGGUAUCUGAAGGAGUUCAUUCAGAAGAGUUGAUAAAGACUGAGUCUGAGGAGACUGAAGAAAACCAAGUUGAAGAUGGUGAUUCAUCUAAUUGGACUGGUGAUGAAGGAGGGAUAGGAGUAGAUUGUGAUGAAAGUAGUUCAUAUCAAGUGGAGGAAGGAGAGGAGUUAAAUUCCAACAAGCUACCAGCCUCUAUCCCUUCUGGCAUUGUACCUGAGAGCCUUUCCCUGACCCAUCCUUCUGGCGUCUGGUGCGGACAGCACUCGAGCGGGGUGAGGGAAUUCUUCUGCACCUUCUGCCCCUACAAGAGCUACUACAAGCACGCGGUGGUGCGGCACAGCCGCAUCCACACGGGAGAGAAGCCGUUCGAAUGCCAGCACUGCCACCGUGCGUUCGCCCGCAGUUCGAGCCUCAAGCUGCACAUGUCUUCCCUUCACCGUGAGAAGCUCUGA